AUGUUUACCGCAACACCACCCUCCGUCAACCGGCGACGGUCAGCGGGUCGGAAAUCGCUCGGACUCGGGGAGAAAGAGCAGCUCCCGUUCGUCGCAACCAGGAACAACUACUCCUAUGGGUCACAAUUCAGCAAUAUGCCCAAACCGCCGCAGUUAGCGGAAACAAAGGUUCCCUUGUCUGUUGCGCUGAAACAGCAGCAGGAUGCAUCACAGGCUAGAAUGAGAGCGGAGGAAAUAGAGAGGGAGAGAGCUGCGAGGGAGCCAGGCACUGUGGAGCCAGAGGACCGUAGAAGUGCCGUGAGCGAGGAACGAACAGCUCCGACUACAGUGUCUACUGCCAUGCCACCGCCGCCACGCAGAAGAAGUCCGAGGCAGCAAUCUGAAAUCUCUGAUCAUUCGUAUUCCAUCGGUUUCGAUACUACUCAGGGAAUGAGCCGCUCCUAUGCUUCCGAAGAUGACGUUGGCCUUGCUCUUGGUCGAAAGUUCACCCAAAAUUUAGCGGACCUCCCGUCAGAUGGGUCCGCAACUGAUGAGGAUGACGAACCGGUUGAUGAUCACUGGCUUGGUACACCAGCAAGAGGGAGUACACGGCAGAGCGAUGCUGGCUCUGUAGCUGGCUCUGUAGCUGGCUCCAAACGUUCAGGAAAAUUCAGCCAAGAACCUGCAUCCAAACACAAAACGCCAAGCGAACAGGGUCUCCCGGAGGAAAUGGAUCAAGAGUACUACGACGAUUACUCUCAGCAUGACCCAUCAGAUAUGUAUGGAUCGGGUAAUGAGAGUGAGAGCGAUAAGGAGGAGGAGGAGGAAGAGGAGGACGACGAGGACGAGGACGAUGAGAGAUAUGCAAGGAACGAAUACAUGAAUGAGAAAAUAUCGAAACAACUCGAACUUGCAGAACAAUUACUUCCCAUUCUUGUAGAGGGAGUGGUAGCCUCUGGUCCGCCCGCUGGAAGACCUGCCAAUUACGGUCUCGAGUUAUUCUACUAUCACUGGAAUUGGUGGUUGUACCGACGUACGAUGGGUAUUAUUACGACGUUGACGUUCGAAAUCUACGCGCGACACAUUUCACUUAUCAGCGCCCCUUUGACCCGCCAACAACUUGGGAAGAUGUUCAAGGAGCAGCUCGAAUUCCAGGACACAAUGCGAAAGGAAGUCGAAGUUCUCGAAGGGAAGGUUAUUAGCCUUGAAGAAGACGGGCAAGAAAGUGGAAAGGCUGUCGCGGAUGCGCGGAAAAGGUUGGAGGAACUAGAUGACAGCAUCAAAGCUUUUGCGGGGUUCCGGGAGCAGAUCGAAAGUGAUUUCGAGAAUCAAAAGAGAAUGCUCAGAUCACUCAGAAGCCAGCAGGAUUCUUCAAUGGGCUCGAUCAAAGAUUCUCUUCCAAACAAAGUGGUACUUAACGUGAAAGAUGAUGGAACUUAUACGUUUCCACCCGACUUUGAGAAAGCCUUACAGAAGUUGAUUAAGCAGACAUAUCCGUCUGACGGACCUACGGGGUUCGCCGAGACCGACAGGGAAACUCUUCAGCGAGAUCCUGAUUGGAAUGACUUCCUACAAAAGAAUGACAAGAGAUUGAGAGGUCUUAUUGAUGAACACACAGGUCUCACAUAUGACCAGUACAAAGAUCAAGUGUUAUUGAGUAAGGGGACUGUCACCCAAUUGAUCGAUCAGAAGGUCAAGGAGAAUGGAGAUUGGGCCGUCAACGUGUUUUGGCCAAAGAUUGAGAAAGAAUUCAUGGAGAGGCUUAACCAAGAUUCUGUCCUUCCAACUCUUGUCGAAGAUGCAAUCAAAAAGUCGCCGCUUGUUGUUGAUAGUGCUGUUCGAAAGUAUAUCAACCAAAACCCACACUUCGCGCCCAAGGAGGGUUCCGCUUCCUCUGGCUCAGGUUUCAGUUCCGAUGCCGAGGUCCCUUCACUUAGCGUACCAGACUAUGCUUCUCUUCUUACGGGUGGAAAAAUUUCCCCUUGGGCAACAUCACCAACAUUUGAAUGGUCAAGUAACAAAAACCGUUGGUUCUACGCUGUUUUUGGUAAACGACGCGGUGUUAUCGCACAGCCCACAGUUGCAAUCACUCCUACGAGCGAUGUCGGCCAGUGCUGGCCCUUCCCUGGUGACCAGGGUAAUAUUGGCGUCAGGCUUGCGCUACCCAUUUUUGCGACUCAGAUCUCAGUCGAACAUAUCCCGAAAUCCCAUGCCGUUGACAUCUCAUCUGCGCCUCGAAAAAUUGAGUUUUGGGCUCAGUUUGAGGAUGCUGAGACCAGAGAGAGAGCAGAGAAAGCUGCGGCAAGGGCGUUGAAUGAGAUUGAGUGGUCAAAGGACAGGCUAUGGGACCGCGACAGUACAUCAUCGCCUCCAGGACCCAGUGGGACCUUGUACGACAAGUUCGUCAAGUUGGGUGUGUUCAAGUACGAUAUCAACUCGGGAAAUCCGAGGAUCCAAACCUGGGAUCUUCCUGUUGACUUGGUCAACUUGAACAUCACCACCCAGCUCGUUGUCUUCAAGGUUAUCAAUAAUUGGGGUCACCCGGAUUACACAUGUCUAUACCGUGUGAGAGUCCACGGAAAACCACAGAUGAUAUCUAAAGUGAUGGAUGAGCAGGAACUCGACGCGGGUAAAAGGGCCAUUCCUAUUCAUCCAUAUCAGUAUUAG